AGUAAAUUUUAGAGUUCUGACAACAGCAGUAUGGGGAGCUUCGCAAGCAGCGCAAUAAUUUCGGCGGCCCUUUGGAAUUUCCUGGUGCCCAUGGAUGCAGCAAUCGAUCCUAAUUGCGAUGUGUAUCAGGAAAUGAUAGUCGGGAAGGAGUACCACAUCCACAACCAAGGAUACCCUCAAAACUACAGUGGGGGUUCGUCGUGUAGAUGGGUGGCGAAAAGUGCGAUCGGUACCAAAAUUAACUUGUCCUGUACCGAUAUCUCACUGCCGAAAUCUUCAAAUUGUCAAGGUGACAAGCUGACCGUAUCGUCAACCGGUAAUCAGACUCUUGGCGACGCACAUAAUUACUGUGGGAUCGGAUCGUUUUCCGCUAUUUUCCAGGCAAACACCCUUACAAUCGAACUGUUUUCGACGCUUAACUCUCCCGGUGGACAGUUCCAUUGUACCAUGACCGCUAUCGAGGACAGUCCGGAAAAACUGGAGAUACAAAACUCACAGGACUGCACCUGUGGCUGGAAGCAAACGGUUACGAUCCUGGGUGGAGAAGAAGCACUGCCCACUGUGUACCCUUCGAUGGCUGCACUAAUACAUGCGGGCACUCGCAACUUAAUUUGCGGGGCUAGCAUAAUCUCUGCCUUUUUCUUGUUAACUGCCGGCCAAUGCGUGAACGAUAGAGACCCCCGUGCGUUUUCGGUGUUGGUGGGCGAGGAGAUCAUUUCAGGAAAUGGCCGUUAUUCGGCAAUUUAUGACGUCAGUGGUUACGAAAUCUUCCCCAACUACCGAACAAGUCCGCUAACCGAUGACAUCGCGACCGUUCAAACUCAACAGCAAAUUGUGUUUAGUUUGUUUGUUGGUCCCGUAUGCUUACCAAUUGGGUACGCGGAUUACGAUUUCAAUGGUGAAAUUGUUACGAUAUUAGGAUGGGGUAGUGUAGACGAUACUGUAAAUCUUUCGGAGGAGCUAAGGGAGGCAAGUCUCACUGUAAUUUCGAACCAGCUGUGCGCACCACAACAGAGCGAGACCAUCAACAGCGAUCAGAUUUGUGCAUUUGCUCAAGGAAUGCACGAGUGCAUUGGUGAUUCCGGGGGCCCGCUGCUGUGGAUGAAUCCUGACAAUGGAAAGUUGUACCUUGUCGGGGUCAUAUCCCAUGGGAUCGAUUGCCCCAAUGAUAUUCCCGGAAUAAACACCAGGGUAACUUCGUACUUAAAUUGGAUCGUUGCAACGACAGGUGCCACUUUUUGUACGUAGUAGACACGGCCGCUACAGAGGACUGCAUCAUUUAUAUUUUGGGAGUAACGAGUAAAAUAAUAUUCGGUUCAUUGUAUUUAUUGCACUGCAGAAUCAAUAAAUGUUGAUAUGGUUG